ACGGCAUAUGAAGGUUUAGUGUUCCAGAAUGAUGGCACCUACAUUCCCCCUUGGGGUUGUCAACCAAUGCAUUCAAGAUUCUGAGAAGACGGUUGCUCCGACGCUAGCCGAUCAGAUCAGAUCACCCGCUGACAAAUGCGAUGAGAUGGGGAUCGAAAAGUUGCUGGGGCACAAGAGCUGCUGUAAAAUAGAGAACGAAGAACAAUGUCACUCUGAAGAACAAGGGCUUGCUGAAGACACGCCGAUGAUACCCGUUGACAACAUAUACCGAUGAUCGUAUCGAUAUUCCGAUGAGUUUGUGUACCUCGCAGGAAAGCCGGCAUCACAUCAUGUUAUAAUCAUCCCCUGUGCUUGUCUCCGAGAAGGGUUAUGACGAUCAGUCGCAUUUGGUAGUGACUAGGCCUUCUCUGUGCAGGGCCUCGUAUUACGAAUUUUUAGAUUAUAGAGAGCAUUUCUAAUAAACACGUCACAUCGGC